AUGCCCUUCAACAUGCAAAAGGUUCUGGUGUUUGGACCUGAGAGGGUUCUAGAGGUUCUGGUGUUUGGACCUGGGGCUGUUCUAGAGGUGCUGGUGUUUGGACCCGGGGCUGUUCUAGAGGUUCAGGUGUUUUGGCCUGGGGCGGUUCUAGAGGCUCUGGUGUUUUGGCCUGAGGCUGUUCUAGAGGUUCUGGUGUUUGGACCUGAGGCUGUUCUAGAGGUUCUGGUGAAGCAGAGCUCGCUGCGCUCCUACAUCGGGGUGGUGCCCCAGGACACGGUGCUGUUCAAUGCCAGCCUGCGGGACAACAUCCGCUACGGAUGCAUCACCGCUAGCAACCAAGAGGUGGAGGAGGCUGCAGAGUCCGCAGAUAUCCACCAGCACAUCCUCACUUUCCCCGAGGGUUAUGACACUCAGGUGGGUGAGCGAGGCCUGAAGCUGAGUGGCGGUGAGAAGCAGAGGGUGGCCAUCGCCCGCACCAUCCUCAAGAACCCCCGCAUCAUCCUGCUCGAUGAGGCCACCUCUGCUCUGGACACGCAGACUGAGAGGAACAUCCAGGCGUCCCUGGCCAAGGUGUGUGCAGGACGCACCACCCUCGUAGUUGCACACAGAUUAUCUACCAUUAUUGCUGCAGACCAGAUCCUGGUGCUUCAGGAUGGACACAUAGCUGAGCGGGGAAGACAUGAAGAGCUGUUAGCAGCAGGGGGCCUUUAUUGUGCCAUGUGGCAGAAGCAGCAGCAGCAGCAGUCUGAAGAUGGAGAAGAGGCCGGGCACACACACACACACACACACACUCCCGAGCAGAUGACCCGACACACACAGAGUGAGAGGAUCUGAAGGGGAAAACACACUCACGCAAUGAGAAUCCUGUAACACCUGUACAAUUCUCACACACACACACACACACACAUUCAGGCAUUCACACACAAUCAGGCACUCUCAUACACACACACACACACUCAGGCACUCUCACACUCAGCCUAUCCCAAAGAAUCAUACAGAAUACUAUACUGGAGAGUGUGUGAGACCUACUGAUUGUUGAUAAAAUGACAUCAAAGUGACAUUUAGAAAAUGCACUCCUUGAAAUGCUUGGUCUAGGUCAAUCAAAUCCUGGGCUACCCAGGGAACAUCAGAAGUCUCAGAGACCCUGGAAUCUGGUUUAGACCAAUGAAGUCCAGAGCUUCUGUGGAAACAUCAGAACACUCAGAGACCCUGGAAUCUGGUUUAGACCAAUGAAGUCCAGAGCUUCUGUGGAAACAUCAGAACACUCAGAGACCCUGGAAUCUGGUUUAGACCAAUGAAGUCCAGAGCUUCUGUGGAAACAUCAGAACACUCAGAGACCCUGGAAUCUGGUUUAGACCAAUGAAGUCCAGAGCUUCUGUGGAAACAUCAGAACACUCAGAGACCCUGGAAUCUGGUUUAGACCAAUGAAGUCCAGAGCUUCUGUGGAAACAUCAGAACACUCAGAGACCCUGGAAUCUGGUUUAGACCAAUGAAGUCCAGAGCUGCCACGGAAACAUCAGAACACUCAGAGACCCUGGAAUCUGGUUUAGACCAAUGAAGUCCAGAGCUUCUGUGGAAACAUCAGAACACUCAGAGACCCUGGAAUCUGGUUUAGACCAAUGAAGUCU